AUGAUCUCUGAGAUUUCGAAAACACUGAGAGCAAUGCAGAUGAAUCAUGCCAACGCAGCUGACAAGGUUUCGUCAGAUGUUGGGUCUGCCUUGAAUGCAUCAAAACAUAGCAUCAAGUUUCGCACGAUAAAACUGCCAUCAUUUAGUGAUGAUGUAACUCAGUUCAGGGUUGAUUACACAGUACCGUUCUACGUGAAAACUGGCUCACAGCGAUCCAAGAAAAAGGAAUAUUGCUGUGUUGCCCUGUUUGUGCGCCUGGCAACACGAGAAGUGCAUUUGGAGGUAGUUGGCUACAUGACUAUUGAAGGAUUGCUGUCGACCCUUAGAAGACUUGUGUCACGAAGGGGCAGGUGCCAAAACUUGUACAGUGACAGAACAAACUGUGUCGGAGCUAGUCGGGAACUCUGUGAGUUACAAGCUGAUGUGAGCAGUCAUUACCAGCAGACACAGGUGAAAAGCUUCAUGCAUGAAGAAGACAUCGAUUGGCACUUCAUACCUUCAGCGUCACCAAACUUUGGCGCAAUGUGGGAAGCAGGAGUGAAGUCCUUCAUGUACCACUUGCAGCGAACGAUGGAAACCUUAUGUCCAACAUUUGAAGAGGUGAUAAACCUGACUUCUCAAAUUGAGGCUUGCUUGAACUUUCGUCCUCUCACACCAAUAUCCAAUCCUUCUGACCCUCAAGGCCUCACCCCAAGUCACUUCCUAAUUGUAACUGCUGUCAUAAGUAUUCCUCAGCCAGAUCAAGUUACAACCAAACUGAGCUUGCUCACAAGGUCUACUGCAGCAAGGGUCCCAGAUCUUUUGGCAGUGCUAGUCAUCUGA